UGCGUCUGUGGUGUCUUCACUCUGUGCUUUCCCGUUUCACCUUCUCCACACUCCAUUCCGAAUUCAUCCGCAGUCUAAAAAUGGUUUACGAAUCGACCGGCAAGUUCCAACUGGUGGAAGGAGACGUCGACAAUUUUGACAAGAUGAUGGAAGCCGUCGGUGUUUCGGCCGAGAAACGCCAAAAGGGCCGCACCUUGAAGCCCAUCAUCGAAUUCUCGCACGAUGGCGACAAGUACAAGGUGACCGGAUCUGCCGAAGGCAUUCCCGAACGCACCAAGGAAUUCGUCUUGGACGUCGAGCAGGAAGAGACCACCAUCGACGGACGCAAAGUCAAGAGCACUUACAAGCGUGAGGCCAAGGGACUGAUGAUCCAACAUGAAGUCCAGGAGAACGGCAUGGUGGUCGUCUACCACCGUGAAAUCAAGGGAGACCAAAUGCAUGUGAAAGUCACUUGCGGUGAUCUCGUCGCCAACCGCCUCUACAAGAAAAUGUAAAUCACAUCAAGAACCUUUUUGACGAUCGGCUAAUUCCAUCGGCUGAUUUGAUUGUACAUCGGAAAUUGAAUUGCAAUUUAUUCGAUUAUUGUUCAAAGAAAGGCUCAGGCGGUUGAAAAAUGAAUAAAUCACACUGCACAACAAA